UUUCAUUGCCUAACAAGUGUUCCCUCUACACUCUUCCCUCCCUUUGAGUAUUCUUUUUCACCUCCAUUAAUGCUCUUUCUCUAUGACCCUUUGUUCUAAACUGUGUUUUUUACAUUCUUUUUCCUAUGACGACGGUGGUAUCUAAGUAAGCUUGCGCACGUCUCGAUUAUUUCACCAACUACUUUCUAUCGCUCAACGUCAUCAGCACAUGUAUCUGACCAAAGGAGCCAUUGAUGUUUGCAUCAGGUAGGCUGUCUACGUCACACCGUCCUGCCAUUUUACUCAUAAAAAGACUCCGCUUUCAUAGCUUAAAGACCUGUUUUUCAAGGUAAACAUUGAGAAACAAAUACAAAGGAAUUGAGUGUGUGUGUGUGUGAGAGAGAGAGAGAGAUGGGAAGAACACCAUGUUGUGAUAAGAAAGGUUUAAAGAAAGGACCAUGGACACCUGAGGAAGAUGAAAAGCUUGUUGAGUAUAUCAAGAAAUAUGGUCAUGGUAGCUGGCGUUCUCUUCCAAAUCUUGCAGGUCUUCUUCGUUGUGGGAAGAGUUGUCGUCUUAGAUGGACAAAUUAUCUCAGGCCAGAUAUCAAAAGAGGUCCCUUUAGCCCUGAAGAAGAAAAGCUUGUCAUUCAGUUACAUGGCAUUCUUGGCAACAGAUGGGCUGCAAUCGCAUCGCAACUUCCUGGAAGGACAGACAAUGAGAUCAAGAAUUUGUGGAAUACUCACCUGAAGAAACGCCUAUUUUCUAUGGGCAUUGAUCCUCUGACUCAUGAACCCUCUAAUGGGCUGUUGAGAAGACCACCUACAUCAACUUCAGCCCGUCACAUGGCACAAUGGGAAAGUGCAAGGCUCGAAGCUGAAGCUCGUCUAUCCAGGGAAUCACAACUCUUGGUUCCAUCAUCAGCAGGAAGGUCUGAGACCGACUAUUUUUUACGCAUAUGGAAUUCAGAGAUAGGAGAAGCAUUUAGGAAAUUCAAGAAUGAAGACAAAUGUCAAAGUCCAGCCUCUCAAGUAUCUUCAUCUACAAAAUAUGGAUCUGCUUCAGGCAUCACAACUGAGAUGGACCUUACUCUUGUUGAAGAUACCGAGUGGAAGGACAGCCAACCAUAUACUGAAGAUAUCUUGCAAGGUUCCGACACCUCUAGCUCCAGUGAAUUGGAGGAUUCAUCUGAAUCAGCACUGCAACUUCUUUUGGAUUUCCCGAGUAACAAUGACAUGAGCUUUCUUGGCUUUUUGAGUGAGAGUUCCUUGAACUGCUCCUUAGCAGAACACAGAGUUGGCUUUCUCUAAAUAUGGUGGUUUUGAAAGCCUAAACUGUCGAAAAAUUUCUGUUCUUUAGUAGGUCAGAUGCAGAAAAAGUUUGUAUUUCGACUCCAUUAUGUAUUAAUGUUAUAGUAAUAGAGCCAUCUUAUGUGUUAUGUAAGCCAGAAAUGUCAGGCAAAUUUAGGUCUAGUGGCAUGUUUCUUUUUUGCAACUAUCGACAUGUUUGAAGCAUAUUUUCUGUAAGUUAGUACAUCUUUUGAGUAGCUAAAAACAUGGGAGAAAAUGCUGGCUUUUGUGAAAACUUCUCAAGUGGAAUUAUUAUUAUUGACAUUGAAUUCUUCAGA